GCAACACUUAAAAUAAUAUAUAUUUUUAUUUAUAUAUAUAAUUAUACUAUAUAGUCCUAGCUAGUUAAGACAUAGUCUUAUUUAUUCCACCAAUUCAAAAGUAGAAAACUCUCAAAAUCCAAAAUCAUAAGCCAAAGUUGUUCUCCCAACUGGAAUGGCCAAAGUUCAUCCUCUCACAUCAGAUAUAAUAGAUCCCAUUACUUCUCAAAAUGCUUCUUCUUCUUCAAAGAGAGAAAGACUCACAGUGUGGAUGAAAUCCCUUGUGAUGCAAGGAAAUGGGUGCACUGCAUACAAUGAAAAUGGUCAAGUAGUUUACAGAAUCGAUAACUAUGACCAGAAGAACAGCAAUGAAGUCUUUCUCAUGGAUCUCAAGGGAAAAGUUCUCUUUACAAUUCUUCGAAAAAAAAUGUGGGUGUUUCGAAAGUGGGAAGGCUAUAAAAGUAUUAGCAACAAAAACAAUGGUUUAUUAGAAGACUUGAGCAAUAAUAAUAAAGAGAAGCCAUUAUUUCGAGUCACAAAAAAUUGCAGAGUACUAAGUCUUCGAGGAGGCUUUUCUUGCAAGGUUGCUUUGAAGUAUGAUGAUAACAAUAAUCAAGCAAUUGACUAUAGAUUAGAAGGGUCAGCUGGUAAAUCAGCUCUGAGGAUAUUAGAUGGCCAAGGAGGACUAGUGGCAGAGGCAAAGAGAAAGCAAUCAUCUACUGGGGUAAUAUUGGGAGAUGAUGUUUUGAAUUUGGUGAUUGAGGCAAGUGUGGAUCACUCUCUUGUUAUGGCUCUUGUCACUGUAUAUGGCUUAAUGCAGAAAAAGAUGUAAAUAUUGUCAAGACUGCAAAGUAUUUUUUAGGAUUUUUCAGGAUUUUUUUUUAGUGUUUUUUGGGUGGGAAUUUGACCAAUUUUGUCUACAGAUUAUAUUGAUGUAUGUUCAAAAGGAUUUUGUAAAAGUAAGUUUGUGUAAAACGCCACAAUGUUUGACUGUUAAAGAUUUUAUGUGACAAACAAAGUUUAAACAA